AUGGCAUCGUCUAGCGAGGGAUUUGCAGCUGAUUCGGACUACAUAGAAGUCAGCCCUCUUCCUCGUUCCAGCUACGAAGAACUGAUUGUCAAGGAUCAAGAGAAUCCAGCUUCACUUCCGACCACGAGCAAUCCAGUAGCUGCAUUCGUGUCAGCAAUCAAUACGCUAAGAGGAUGGUUUCAAACUUCUUCAAACGUCGGAGGUUUCAGGCCAUUGAAUUUGAAUGCUUCGACAACAAAUUUGGUCCAGGCUGGCGGCCUACCUGCCUCACCUUCACAAGUCGACAAUCUAGCGACUAGCGGAGAUGACUUACUGGAUGAAGAACAAAACAAUGAUGAACAAGUACAAGAACUCGACGUGGCUCCUCUAUACGAAGACUUUACCACCAUAGAUUGGGUUCGAGAUAUGAUGCGUGAACACCGUCGUAGAACACGCAUGCUGGCUGAUCAACCGCCUGGUCUAGCUGCCCAAGUCGUAAAGUUAUGGGAUGCGUCACAGUCCUGGAUUCUUGUCACAAUAGUCGGAAUAUGUAUAGGUGUCGUUGCUGCCUUUGUAGAUGUCGUUGCCGCUUGGUUGGGCGAUAUUCGCAUGGGAUAUUGUCAGACUGAGUGGUAUGUCAGCAAAAAGAUAUGCUGUAUGGGGAGUCAGAACGCCGAUGGCAUUUGUGACGAUUGGGUAGAUUGGAGUUAUGGAAUAUCAAGAAUACCUCAUAUCACAUUCAUUAACGUGGUCAUGUAUACAUUCUUUUCAUCACUUUUUGCAUCUUCAUGUGCAUAUCUGGUCGUGACAUUAGCUCCAUAUGCUGCCGGUUCUGGUACUGUCGAAAUCAAGACUAUUCUAGGAGGAUUCAUCAUCAAGGGUUUCUUGGGCUUCAGAACCUUAUUGAUCAAAGGAUUCGGUCUUCCCCUUACUGUUGCAUCUGGUUUAGCAGUUGGAAAGGAAGGACCAAUGAUUCAUGUAGCAUGUUGUAUUGGAAACGUAUUUCCACGAUUGUUUUCAUCAUAUGAACGCAAUGAAGCCAGAAAACGAGAGAUUCUCUCAGCUGCCUCUUCUGCUGGUGUAGCAGUCGCUUUCGGAGCACCAAUUGGUGGUGUCUUGUUCUCCAUGGAGGAACUGAGCACAUAUUUCCCAGCCAGAACAAUGUUACAGUCGUUUUAUUGUGCUUUGGUCGCGUCUGUCACUCUUUCAGCGAUUGAUCCAUACAGAGGCAAGCGUGUCAUGUAUGAAGUCAAGUACACACGUCCAUGGCACUUCUUUGAGCUUUUGCCCUUCCUAGUACUCGGUGUCUUUGGAGGGUUGUCUGGUGCCUUCUUUAUUCGAAUGAAUCUCGUUAUGCAAUCUCUUCGCAAACCACCAGAUUCAUGGUCGAAAAGGAAUCCAGUGCUUGAGGUGGCCUUGGCUAGUAUAGCUACCGCUGUGCUUUGCUACUUUAAUGCGUUUACACGUAUUGAUUCCAGUGAAUUGCUGGAAGUCUUGUUUCGUGAAUGUGAAGGAGCUGUUGGGGAAGAUGGGACUGGAGUUUGCGACAAAAAACUGGCUGGAUACAAUGUCUUCCUCCUGUUUGUUGGGCUGAUUCUUCGAAUGGUUCUCACAAUUGUCUCGUUUGGACUCAAAGUUCCUGCUGGCAUUUUCAUACCUUCAAUGGUUUGGGGUGCCUUGUUUGGUAGGAUUGUGGGCAUAGGAGUACAGACCUUGCAACGAACUGUACCAUCAUGGGCUAUAUUUGCUGCUUGUAAUCCAGAUGUCGCUUGCGUGACUCCUGGCACAUAUGCUAUUCUGGGAGCAAUGGCAGCUUUAUGUGGCGUGACUCGACUUACCAUCUCGUUGACUGUAAUCAUGUUUGAGUUGACUGGAACACUGACAUACAUCUUACCAUGCAUGAUGGUGUUGAUGACUGCCAAGUUAUCUGGUGAUGCAUUCGAACAUGGUGGAUUGGCUGAUAUCAUGAUUCGUAUCAAUCGAUUCCCGUUCUUGGAUCCACGCGAGGAAGGAGUUGAGAGUCAUGGUCCUCCUAUGGCUUCAGCACGAGUGAUUGAUGCAACAGAAGGGGCUUCAGAAGCCUCUCCUAGUGGAGCGACUAGUCAUAGUAAAUCCGCAAAGUCGGUCAUGACUCCUAUCGAUGAGAUUGUAUGCUUGUAUCGAACCGGGUCGACUGUUGCCAGUAUCGAAAAGCUAUUAAACGAUUCAGACUAUCAAGGAUUCCCCGUCCUCCAUAGUCCAGAUGAUCGCCGUGUAUUUGGAUUUAUUACACGAGGAGACAUCAAAUACAAUCUGGAUCGAGUACGCGCUAAUCAAGGAAUGCUAGUUAGUGGCUCAACAGCCAUAUACUUUGGAGAGCACGAAUUGUCUGAAUUUGUAUCGCCCACUGUACAUUCAGGAAUUAUAACUAGGAGAUCUCGUUCUGGGUCUGGAAGGUCUGCCGCAGAUGGAUCUUCAAUGUUUUUAGAGUUUGGACCAUAUGUUGAUAAGACGCCAUUGACGGUACAACCUAGAGUAGCCUUCGAGUUCGUUAUGGAUAUUUUCAAGAAACUAGGACCACGAUAUGUCCUAGUACUUGAGCGAGGCCUGCUAGUAGGUCUCAUAACCAAGAAAGAUUUGUUAUCAUCUCUUUACGGGGAGGACGUAUAUACUUUACCAGACAUCACAUCGAUAUUUGGACCCAUACAAUUGCCCAGCGGAAGUCGUGAAACCAGGAUGAUGCGUAGAAUGGUCGCUCGUCGUAUCAGGAAUGCACGACUAAAUCAAGAGUCAGAGUUUGAAUUACAACCAAUGAGAUGA